AUGCCAGACAGCAUCACAGGUCAUACCGCUUUCAGGAAGUAUCAACCAGAGUUACUAAUUAGUCGCGACGCACACUUUCUGGGGAAUAUAUUUGACAAGAGACACGAACGCGACAAUGACGGCACAGGAAAACCUAUUGAAGUUACAGACGAAGAAGACAAAGGUGUCACCGAUGAAGACGUGGAGUAA